AUGAAACGCGUUGAUUGGGCUCGCCUCUUGGAGAGAAGGAUGUCCCAAAAAGACGACAGGAGGAUACCAGCUCAGGGUCAGCGUAGGAAGAUCAAAGACUACCUCACUAACCGUUCAAGAACAAAAUUCAUUUGGCAGCUGAUAAUAAAGAAAUCGCUUGCCUUUAAUGUGCCUUCGGUUCAUGAAAGAAUAGAGUUGAAAAUUGUAAGAGAACAAUCGCAAGUUAUUGUGUGCCGUUGA